GGCGGGCACCUGCUGGGCUCUGCCUGUGUGCCAGGCUCACUCGCCCAUCACUUAGGCUUCAGUCACUUUGUCAUCAUUUCUCCCGCGCCGUCACCGCCCAAGCCCCAGGCUGGCCACUUCCGAAGCCCCCGACCCCAUGGAGGAGUGGGACGUGCCCCAGAUGAAGAAGGAGGUUGAGAGCCUCAAGUACCAGCUGGCCUUCAAAAGGGAGAUGUCAUCCAAGAGCAUCCCUGAGCUCCUCAAGUGGAUCGAGGAGGGGAUCCCCAAAGACCCCUUCCUGAACCCUGACCUCAUGAAGAACAACCCGUGGGUGGAGAAGGGCAAGUGUGCCAUCCUGUGAGACCCCCGGCGCAUGCCUUGGUGAAGAGGACAACUUGGUAAAGGUGUGACUUUUAUAAAGACUUCCCGGUGCUCCCAGAACGCCUUUCCUUCCCCUCUUCUCCUAAACUCUAAGGGGCCCCAUGAGGCUGCAACCAGGGGAACAACGGGCAGGGCGAACCCCCUGAACCUGUCCCCAAGGCCCCCUGUCCUUGGACUUUCCAGUGAGCUGACAGCAGCUGGGCCUUGGCUCCCUUGUCGCCGACUUUCCGUUCUCAGUGAGCCGAGAGCCCUGCCUAGGCGCCCUCCUGUUGCUUCUUAAGUCCUACGCCAUUCCUGUGUCACUGUCCCCAGCUUUAAUAAUGUCCUCUCAAAAUCCAAAUAAAAAAUAACAGAGAAAGCAA